CUGCUUGCCGUGCGGGCCUGUUCAGUCGCCGCCCUCCUGUGUCUUCCCGUACGAUUAUCUCACCUUAUCUGUUGUUGCUGCUACACGCCAUCGGUGGGAAGGCUUCUGCCAGACACGCCAUCGCCCACUGUUCCCCUCCUCAACGUGAUUUGUGCCCUCGCGGACUUUGAGACCCGGUUGACUUCCUUGGUUCUCUUCUACACCGGCGAAGAGGUUUUGCAGCCGAGAACCAGCCUGAUGAACCAGCUUGGGAGGUACAUUGUGACCAUGACGAGCAACGAUGAUGAAAUGGUAGUUGAGUUCAGUUCGGAUCAUUUGGUGCUUCCUAGAGGCUUCUUAGAACUGCUGGUGAGGCUGCUUAGAAAUGGUGGCGAGGCUGCAACCUACAGUACGUUUACUGCAUGUUGGACAGUUCUCUCCUUUGCUUUCCCGAAUCAGAUAAUUCAGAUUGUCACGCUGCAGAAAUUGAAUGCUGCACUAUGAAUUGCUAGGGGUGGCAAAGUAACUAGGGAGCAUGGUCCUGUUGAAGGCCUCGAAGACUGGAGGAAGGGAUAAUGAUGCAUUUGGGAAAGUCUUCAUUGGGUAAACUCCUUAAUGUUCAUUCCAUAUAGAACUAUGUAUAGCCAUUGGAAAUUCACCAGCAAAGCUUUGCCAAUUCUCUUUUUGUGCCAAUUGAGAGUCAUAAGCUGGUUACAGCUAUUCGUUCAACAAUUUAGUCAAGCAUUUAAGCCAGAAGUAUGCAUCUAUCAGGUUACAGCUUAUUAUAAUUUCCUGGUUCUUUUAGUUCUUCAAUC